AUGGCGGAGGACAAGCACGCCGACUCCCUUGAGAAGGGCCAAUCGGGCACCAACUCUCCAAUCCCUGAUGACGCGCAACCAGGUGCCUACGAGGACCCCCUCGUUGCCAUCGGCGCGACCGCCGAAGAAGAGCGCGCCGUGCGCUGGAAGCAGGACAAGCGCAUCGUGCCGCUGUCGGCGGGCAUCUACUUCCUGUGCUACCUGGACCGGUCCAACAUUGGCAACGCCAAGAUCCUCAACUCUAGCACGGGCAACGAUCUGAUGACCGAGACCGGCAUGACGGCCUACCAGUACACGAUUGCGCUCAUGGUCUUCCUAGUUGCGUACGGGGUCUUCGAGGCACCCUCCAACAUCUUGCUGAAGAAGCUCCGCCCCUCCCGCUGGAUCGCGAUUUUAAUGUUCGCCUGGGGCGGGCUUACGAUAAGCUUAGGUGGAGUGCACAACUACGCCUCCGUGACUGCUGUCCGAUUCCUCCUCGGCGUCUUCGAGGCCGGCCUGUUCCCCGGGCUGGUGUACUAUCUCACUUUCUGGUACAAGACGGACGAGCGGAGCAUUCGCGUCGCCCUCAUUCUAGCAUCAGCUACGUUGGCAGGAGCCUUCGGAGGAGCCAUCGCCUACGGCGUCGGCCACAUGAACCAGGUCUCCGGCCUGUCCGCGUGGCGGUGGCUGUUCAUCCUGGAGGGCAUCCCGUCCUGCGUCUCCGCGGUAGCCGUCUGGUUCCUGCUGCCCGACUGGCCCGAGGACGCGCUGUGGCUGUCUGCUCGCGAGAGAGAGGUCGCCGUCGCCAGGUUGAGCCUCGAGGGGUCCAAGGGCCACCACAGCAGCAUGACGUGGCCCGAGGCCCGGGACACGCUGACCGACUGGCGCCUCUGGGGCCACUACGUCGUCUACUUUGGCAUCUCGGUGCCCUUCAGCUCGCUUUCGCUCUUCACGCCCUCCAUCACGGCCGGCCUGGGCUUCUCGGACCUGCGCGCCCAGCUCAUGACCGUCCCGCCCUACGCCGUCGCCUACGUCGUCCAGGUCCUCACCAGCUACUCGGCGGACCACUUCAACAUGCGCGCCCUGCACUCGGCGGCGCUCGCGGCCAUUGGCGCCGCCGGCUUCAUCGGCUCCGCGGCGCUGCCCGUCGACGCGUACGCCUCGCGCUACGGGUGCCUGAUCGUGGCGGCCAGCGGCGCCUUUGCCUGCAUCCCGCCGCUGCUGGGGUGGCUCUCGAGCAACACGUUCGGCACGGCCUCGGUGGGGCUCGCGAUCGCGCUCAACAUCGGGCUCGGCGGCGCCCCCGGCCAGAUUGUCGGGGUGUGGACCUACAAGGCCGACGAGGCGAAGCUGGGGUAUCCGACGGGCCACUGGACCAACGCGGCGCUGCUGCUUAUGGUGGCUGUCGGGUGUGUCAUGUUGAGGGUGUAUUAUGGCUGGAGGAACCGCAAGCUGAUCAGGGAGCAGGGGGCUGAGAGGGUGAGGUUGUACAAGUACUGA